CGGCCUGCACCGGUCUGGUGAAGGAGAGGUUCCGUCGGUGGUUUGUUUGUGGACAGGAAGGAAGUGUUUUGCAGGAAAAAGCAAUGAACGCGCUAUAAUUAAAGCCACUCAGUUUCUUUCACGGGGACGGCCAGUUUUAAGAAGACGUCUCCCUCUUCUUUACUGCUUUUACGAGGAAUUCCCCGAAACGGAGGCAGUUUGGUUUUCGUUUUGGUAGACAUCAACGGUGCGACCUGUUUUGUUUUUAAUUAUUUUAUUGGGGUUAAUUACUAUUUGCGCGUUUGUGAGAGUUUGGAGACACCAGCAUUCUUCUUGUUCACGUUUAAGGACUGCUGCAGCAGAGAUGGGGGACAUCGACCUGGAGCAGCAGGAGCCCUUCACUGCGGCCAAGGAUGGGCAGCGGCUGAAGGCUGGAGACGAGCAGCCGGACGGAGGGAGGAAGAUGGGAUGUUGUGAGAAGUUCCAGCACUCGGUUUCCAAAUGGGUUCUUCCUGCAAACUCCCGCAACACGUACCUGGAACGUGCCAACUGCUGCCCUCCGCCCAUCUUCAUCAUCCUCAUCAGUAUUGCAGAGCUGGCUGUGUUUAUCUACUACGCGGUGUGGAAGCCUCAGAAGCAGUGGGUGACCCUGGACGAAAGCAUCUGGAACAGCCCUCUGACCUACAAGCCUGAGAGCAGGCAGGAAGCCUGGCGCUUCAUUUCCUACAUGUUUGUCCACGCCGGUGUGGAGCACAUAGUGGGCAACCUGUUGAUGCAGUUGCUGCUGGGCAUCCCGUUGGAGCUGGUCCACAAAGGAUUUGAAGUGGGAAUGGUCUACAUGGCCGGGGUCCUCGCAGGCUCUCUGGCCAGCUCUAUUUUUGAUCCCAGAAGUGCCUUGGUGGGGGCGUCUGGGGGCGUCUACGCCCUCCUCGGGGGCUAUUUCAUGAAUGCAAUUGUGAAUUUCAGAGAGAUGAUUCCUCUCCUCGGGGUAUUUCGAAUCCUUGUCAUAGUGUUCAUCGUCGGCACAGAUUUUGGAUUUGCCUUCUACAGAAGAUUUAUCAGUCAAGAGGAAGGUUUGCAGGUGUCAUUUGUGGCUCAUUUUGGGGGCAUUGCGGCCGGGAUGACCAUCGGCUAUGUCUUCUUCAGCGCUUACAACCAGAAGCUGCUCAAAGACCCUCGGUUCUGGUUGUGCAUAGUGGGUUAUUUAAUCUUCUUGACUUUUGCUGUGUUAUUCAACGUCUUCAUCACUCCAAAAUUGUAGGAGCUGCUACCGAAAAUCCUCAUGCUACUCAGGAAGAUAUUUUUUAUUUUUUCUGAUGUCCUCCACAGCAAAGUUGCUUUUCAGGGAGUUUGUGAAUGUCAUAUAUCAAACAGAAUUUUCUAAGGUUUUAGCAGUUAUACAUUUAAAUGUCAUAUCACCCCCUGCUGGUGUUAUGUGGUAGUGCCACAUUUUAGACUUAAUUUGUUUAACAAAUGGAGUCAAUUGACAUUUUUAUUUUUUAAAUCCAGAUAACAUCUUGAAGUUGCUUUUUUAUGUGUUUGUUUUUUUUGUAAAAUGUUGACAUUUUGUAUGUGCCUGGACCUCUGACUCAUCACCACCUCACUAAUAUCCAAUAUUCAUAAAAAUGAAUUCCUCAGGAUGUGUAUCACAUGAACCCAACAUACUAGCACAUUUAUUGUAGGUGUCUUUUAAGGAUAAUCCAAUCAGGACAGUCACAUGUGGUUAUAAAAAAGGAAAAGGGAUCAAUGUGCUAAAUGUUUGUGUGCUUUUCUUCUUUUUCUUCAUUUCUUUUCCAGCAGCUAUCCUUUGCCUCAUAUCUUUUUUUAACAGUUCGUGGUGAUUAUACAAGAAGCUCCAAAGAUGUAAAAUAGUUUGCAACUGCACCAUUUAUUGUGAUUAUUAUGGCAGGGGGUAUUUCACAGUUUGUUUCACAGUUUUAUUAACAGUAAAAUAUGUUUCUUGUGACGAUAGACAUAAGCCAAACAUUGCAGUGAGAAACAUUGUGUUUUCAAUCACAGGUAAACUUGAAGAGCACAGACCUCAACCACGUUGGUUUUUUUUUUUUAUUUCCACGUCAAAUUAUUCUAAUAGUUUACUAUUUUUCAACUUUUUAUUGCAUGAAUUCUUGAAAUUGUGACAACAUAUUCCAAUAAGUUAUUCACUUUUAAGGAAAUGCAAGUGUAUGUUUUUUGUUUUUGUGGCUGAUGUGUCUGCUCCUUUGGACUUUAUUAUUGUUAUUACAGUCAAUCUUAAACCGUGUUGUUCCAAAUCAAGUGUAUUUAUUCUUUUGACAGAAUAAAAAAAAUAGUAACAAAAUUGUAACAGUAACAUGAUGGACUCGGCUCCAAAAAUGUUCCUUGAAAUGUCAGUGUUGUACAUUGCGGUGCGCUGACUUCUGUUCCACUGACAUGACUAAUGUGCAGCUACAUCAACAACAAGCUACUGUUGUAACCACAUGUAUUUUGUCAAAUCCAGCUUGAGAAAAUACAAAUAUGACUUUUUUUUUUUCUAAGAAGCAAAGAGACAAGAGUAGUGAUAACUGUCAAAUGUGUACUGAAUUAUGGGUCACUGUGCUUGACUGCUUCGUGUAAACUCACUCACAGUGGGCAAACUGUCAUGUGAUUAUUGACUUCUUUUCAUUGAACGGGAUGGGUGGAUAGUAAAAUUGAGUUUUUACAUUUUUAAAAUGUAUUGCUUUUUUUUUUUCUUUUUUGUUGCUUGAAUUGAAUUGAAUUUUCCUAAAAUGUAUUUCAUAUUAAAAGUGAAUAGACUGUG